AUGGUCAUGGACCUUGACUUUUCAGGUUAUAGUUAUAGUACGACCACCACCACGACUACGACUACCACCUCGACCGAAGGGGACCAGGGUUGCAACUGGAAUGACUGGUCACCGGUUUUCGACUGGGAGGCUCUCUCCGGUGACCAGGAGGAUUUCCAUUACCUAAUGGACUCGAUGAUGGAAGAAAAUGUUGUUCUACACCAGCCAGUUAGGUCUAUAGAUGAAGGGUACAACAGUUUGUCCCCAGACACUAUGAUGACAGAUGAAGAAACCAAUAGCACCGACGAUUGCAAAGGGCUAAGGCUCAUACACCUGCUAAUGGCUGCAGCCGAGGCGCUAACCGGGCCGAACAAAUGCAAAGAAUUGGCUAGGGUGAUAUUGGUUCGGCUCAAGGAAUUGGUGUCACCACUUGAUGGCACUAACAUGGAGAGGUUAGCAGCGUAUUUUGCUGAGGCCUUGGAGGGUUUACUAGACGGCGCUGGUCGCAAGAAAAUUUUGGGCGGUGGCAAGGAGGAGCACCACCACCAGACGGACGUUUUGGCGGCAUUUCAGCUGCUCCAAGACAUGUCACCCUAUGUGAAAUUUGGGCAUUUCACGGCCAAUCAAGCUAUAAUAGAAGCUGUGGCACAUGAUAGGAGGGUUCAUAUAGUGGACUAUGAUAUCAUGGAAGGGAUACAAUGGGCAUCGUUGAUGCAAUCCUUGGUGUCUAGAAAAGACGGCUCACCUACUCCACACCUUCGGAUAACAGCAUUAUCUCGGGGUGGAAGUGGGCGACGAUCAUUUUGCACCAUUCAAGAGACAGGUCGACGCUUGACCGCCUUUGCGGCCUCCAUUGGUCAACCUUUUUCUUUUCAUCAAUGUAGGCUUGAUGCCGAUGAGACAUUUAAACCAUCCUCUUUAAAAUUGGUUCGAGGAGAGGCUCUUGUUAUCAAUUGCAUGCUCCACCUACCACAUUUCAAUCAUCGUGCCUCGAACUCAAUCGCUUCGUUUUUAUCUGGAUCCAAGACCCUGAACCCGAGACUAAUUACCCUUGUGGAAGAAGAGAUGGUGACCACAGGGGAGGCUGGGUUCAUGGGCCGAUUCACGGACUCAUUGCAUCAUUACUCAGCUAUAUAUGACUCACUCGAAGCCGGGUUUCCAAUGCAAAGCCAGGCUCGAAAACUCGUGGAACAAGUAUUUCUUGGACCUCGAAUAUCUGGAUCAUUGGCCCGUAUCUACUGGGCACGUGGCGAGGGGGAUGCAUGUUCUUGGGGUACGUGGUUGGCUGCGAUCGGAUUUCGUCCUAUAAACAUAAGCUUUGCCAGUCAUUGUCAAGCCAAAUUAUUGUUAGGACUUUACAAUGAUGGGUAUAGGGUGGAGGAAUUAAGUAACAAUAAACUUGUUCUAGGAUGGAAGUCACGGCGCCUACUUUCUGCCUCCAUAUGGAGCUCACAAGAUAGUGAUUUAUGA